UCCGAAAACCCCUAAUCAAACGUCUACUGUCUGCUCGCCGGACCAGAGAUGGGAAAGAAGCGUAAGGCGGCCGACGGCGCUGACGCCAGCGGAGCCAAGCGGCCCCAACACUGCCCUGCCACCGUCCUUGUCACCAACUUGCCGUACUCUUUCACCAAUCCUCAGCUAGAAGAUACCUUCAGCGAUGUUGGACCGAUACGGCGAUGCUUCCUGGUUGCAAAGAAAGGCUCAAAUGAACACCGCGGUUUCGGCUUCGUACAGUUUGCUGUUGCAGAAGAUGCCUUCCGUGCUAUUGAGCUUAAAAAUGGUUCAUCUGUUGGAGGUCGUAAAAUUGGAGCUAAGCAUGCUAUGCACCGUGCUCCUCUUGAGCAACGUCGAUCCAAAGUGAAUGUGGAAAACCAAGGUGAUGCCAUGGAGGAAAAGAAAACCAAGCACUCGUCAACAGAAACCACCAUCAGGCCUGUGCUGGAGCCACAAGAAAUAGAAAAACCCACGGAGCCCAAAAAAGAUGUUUCCCAUAAUUUAGUUGACAGUGAGAGUUGCUCUGAAAAGCAAAGGGUUGCAAGGACGGUUAUACUUGGUGGACUUAGUGCUAAUAUGGCAGAUGAUGUUCACCGUUUGGCUAAGGAGAUUGGCACUGUAUGUUCAGUAACUUAUCCACUAGCAAGGGAAGACCUUGAACAGCACGCUCUUGGCCAAGAUGGAUGUAAAAUGUAUGCUUCAGCUGUUCUUUAUACAAGUGUUAAAUCUGCACGUAAAGCAGUAGAAUCGCUGCACCAAAAAGAGAUAAAAGGGGGAAUUGUAUGGGCACGGCAGUUGGGUGGCGAGGGAGCCAAGACUCAGAAAUGGAAGCUUAUUAUUAGAAAUCUUCCAUUCAAGGCUAAAGUGGAGGAUAUAAAAGAAAUGUUCUCAGCAGCAGGGUUUGUCUGGGAUGUCUUUAUUCCUCAGAAUUCCGAGACAGGGUUAGCCAAGGGUUUUGCCUUUGUCAAAUUCACCUGCAAACAAGAUGCAGAAAAUGCUAUUAAAAAAUUUAACGGGCAAAUGUUUGGUAAGAGACCCAUAGCUGUUGAUUGGGCUGUCCCAAAGAAACUUUAUCACGGUGGAAGUGCAAAUAUUACCACUGAUGGACAAGAGAGUGGAAGAGAGGAGGAAGUUGACAGCGGCAGCGAGGAUUCGAAGGAUCACAUUGAAGAUCUUGAUAAGCAAACUGCAGUCUUGGAUGGGGAAGAUGGAACCCAGGAUGAUUUUGCCUCUGAGCUCAAUUUUGAAGAAGAAGCUGAUGUUGCCAGAAAAGUUCUUAGCAACUUGCUCUCAUUAUCUGCUAAAGGAACUCUUCCUCCCAGUAACGAUGAUUCUGAACAACCAGAAACAGAGAAGAAUCUGAGCUCCAUUGAGAUGCAUGAUAUGCCUGUAAAGCCAUCACAGGACACUAAACAAGAUUCAGUUGCUCUUUCAGUUGAACCUACGGAAAUCAAAGUGAAGGAAUCUAAAGAAAUUGAUGGUGAGGAUGAUUUGCAGCGGACAGUUUUCAUAAGCAACCUUUCCUUUGAUACUGAUACUGAAGAAGUGAAGCAACGAUUUUCUGCAUUUGGAGAAGUGCAAUCAUUUGUCCCAGUCCUUCAUAAAGUCACAAAGCGACCAAGAGGGACUGGUUUUCUCAAGUUUAAGACAGCAGAUGCAGCUGAAGCUGCUGUAUCAGCAGCUCAUGUGGAGUCUGCUGGUUUGGGCAUAUUUUUAAGGGGGAGGCAGCUGACAGUCUUGAAGGCUUUGGAUAAGACAUCGGCCCAUAAGAAGGAAAUGGAUAAGGCAAAAGCUGAUAGUUUUGACCCGCGUAAUCUUUAUUUGGCAAAGGAAGGACUUAUCGUUGAGGGAACUCCAGCAGCAGAAGGUGUUUCCGAGAGCGAUAUGGCCAAACGACAAGUGUUGGAGAGGGAAAUGACAACUAAACUUCAGUCCCCGAACUUCCAUGUCUCGCGGACCAGACUCAUUUUACACAAUUUACCCAAGUCAAUGACCGAAAAGCAACUUAAGAAGCUAUGUAUUGAUGCAGUUACAUCGCGAGCGACCAAGCAAAAGCCUGUUAUUAAACAGAUAAAAUUGAUUCAGAAUGUUAAGAAAGGCAAAGUAGUUUCCAAGGAUCACUCUCGUGGUGUUGCGUUUGUUGAGUUCACAGAGCAUCAGCAUGCACUUGUGGCACUUAGAGUCUUAAAUAAUAAUCCAGACACUUUUGGUCUGCAGCGUCGUCCUGUUGUGGCGUUUGCCCUCAACAACGUUAAGAAACUGCAGAAGCGGCAGGCUCAGCUAGUUCAGCAACAAGAUGCCCCUGAAGACUCGGGCAAUUUAGGCCGACAUAAUGAGCAUGGUGAACAAAUGAACAAGAGGAAGCGCCCCUUCAAAGAAGGGAAUAAUACAGCAAGUGAAGUUCAAAGAGAUGCUGAAGUGAAGAGUUCGCCUGUUGAGGUUCCCGCUAAAAGACAGGGGGCUGCUAAGAAGCGGCAGGUGAGUCGUGAAAAUAAGAGGGAGGGAGAGUUGCCAUUAGAGAGAAACCAGGAAAGCUCGAAGCAGAAGGUGAAAGGAUCCAAAAGGAAACUAAAGAAUUCCCCAGGUGGGACGGUGCAAGGUAAUGGGGGAGUUGUUGAAAGCAAUGAUGGAGGGAAUGGUGGUCACAAGGCAAAAUCAUCUCAACCUCAAUUGAAAAAGAGGAAGCUGGAACAACGAACAGAACAGAUCGAGAAUGUUGGUCCGCAGAAAAAUAAGAGGGCAAAGAAGGUCAAACAGCCUCCGGGGCGAGAGGCGGUGGAUAAACUCGACAGGCUGAUCGAACAGUACAGGUCAAAGUUCUCGCAGCAAAGUUCGGAUAAAACUGACGGGGAGAGACAGGCUUCAAAGCAGCUGAGGAGAUGGUUCGAAUCUUAAUUCUUGCGGGCGACUUAAAAGGGAAUCUUAGUCGAAGGUGAAUUGUCUUUCUUAAAAAAUUUGGAUUAAGCUGUAGAAUUCCGCGACAUGUAAAAGCUGAUAUAGAGGACAUCGAGUAGGAAAUAUGUUGAGUCUCUUAUAGGAGGAAUGUGGGCGGAUCUCCAUAGCCCCUCAUGCAGAAGACACAUUGCUGCAGAAGUUUUGUUAACGAAACAGAUUAAACAUCAAAUUAUAUGCAGUGGAGGCGAUUCACGGGGUUCAGCCAAAUAUUACACGGUCCGGUGGAUCGUAAAGCAAAAGUUUGGGAUAUCAAACUGCACUAUCUUGAACGAACCGGCUUGUACCCUUUUGAUAAGUUGGACGGUGCCUAAAAUUGGAACGUAUGGAAAACGUUUCCUUGCCAAUGGGUUUUGGUUGCAUAUGCA